UUGCUGGUAAAGUUUGUUUGUAACAUUGACGAGGCACACCAGAACCGGAUAACCUCCAUUGAUGAGGACCCCUUCAACCUCAAGAAGACGGAGACCGCCAUACCAAUUCCAAGUUUCCAUAGAUGCCACUAGAAGAUGGCAGCAAAACCUUUACUGUGGAUGAGGCCCUUGUGUCUAUGGGAUUCGGAAACUUCCAUGUUCUUGUGCUCUGUUACGCAGGCAUGGCUUGGAUUUCUGAGGCAAUGGAGAUGAUGCUGCUUUCUUUUGUUGGGCCAGCUCUUCGAUCAGCAUGGGGCAUCUCAUCUCAUCAACAAAGCCUUAUAACUAGUGUUGUUUUUGCUAGCAUGCUCGUCGGAGCUUAUUCAUGGGGCAUUGUUUCAGAUAAACAUGGAAGAAGGAAAGGAUUCCUUAUGACAGCUAUGGUUACUGCUGGGGCUGGAUUUAUGAGUGCACUUGCUCCCAAUUAUAUAAUGUUGCUUAUUUGUCGUUGUUUGGUUGGUGUUGGGUUGGGAGGUGGUCCUGUACUCUCAUCUUGGUUUCUGGAGUUCAUUCCUGCUCCUAACAGAGGUACUUGGAUGGUUAUUUUUUCAGCUUUUUGGACUCUUGGAACAAUUUUUGAGGCUUCACUUGCAUGGUUUGUCAUGCCAACACUGGGCUGGAGAUGGCUUCUUGCCCUGUCUUCGAUACCUUCAUCCCUUCUCCUUCUAUUCUAUUGGGUUGCACCUGAGUCACCACGAUUUUUAUGCUCGAAAGGAAGAACAGCUGAAGCACUCAAUGUUUUAGAAAAAAUAGCAAGAAUGAACAAAACCAAGUUCCCUCUUGGUAUUCUUGUUUCAGAUCAACAAAUUGAGCUACAAGAAAAGAAUACCCCAUCAGAAGAAGAAGAUUCACAUUUACUGCCGCCCGCAGGUGAUGAAACCACAACUUUUAAGAAAGCAGAUUCUAAGACAGGGGCAUUUUCAUCACUAUUAAUUCUUCUUUCCCCAAAAUUAGUUAGGUCUACCUUGCUUUUAUGGUUUGUAUUUUUUGGAAAUGCUUUUUCAUAUUAUGGCCUCGUGUUGCUGACAUCUGAGUUAAAUAAUGGACAUAGUAAAUGUUAUCCAAACAAUUUGCAAUCACCAAAGUCACAGGAUGUCAGCUACAGAGAUAUUUUCAUCACUAGUUUUGCAGAACUGCCUAGACUUCUAAUAGCUGCCUUCACAGUAGAUUUUUUCUGCUAUUACAAGGAUAGUAUUCAAAUUUAGAUAUAU